UAUUGGACAGUGCGUAAUCUUUCCUCGUGCGUAGUUAUCGCUACUCAAAUACUGUGCGUACAUUGUCUGUGCACCGUACACACUACGCGUCCCACCUGCCAAAACGCGUCUCACCCAUGAACAUGGUCGACUCAAUGUGCAACUACUGAUCGUCGAGCACCACAGCGAGCACAAUGGAUCCUGAACGAGAAGAUACCGAUUUGCUUGCUCAGCACGACUACCAGGCAGCAUACAUCUUCGAUCCUGAGAAUGGGGAGACCCCAGGACGGCCAUCGAAGAAGCGGAGGGUGUCAAAGCAAACUAAAGUAGUCUCUUCAACAGCAGAAGACUCAACUCUGGGAUUUGUUCCUUUGCUCAAUGGUGCAGAGAGGCCCGAUUUCGUCAAAUUGAGGGCACAGCUGUACCGCGAGAGCUGGGGCAAAGUCGAAAGUCGGAUUCAGGAUGCGUUACGAGAGUCAAAUUCGGUGACUUUGGACCAGGUGGCUACCUUUGUGGGCGAAGCCAAGACAUCUGCAGACGACAAGAUCCCAUCAGCCUUUAUCAUCACAGGGUCAAACCUAGCUUCGCAGAAUCUUCUGUUCGAGCAACUGUCAGAAUCUUUACAGGCGGCCUCCAAGAGCAAAUUUGUCAGGUUACGAUCUUCCGAGGCGGUCAGCCUCAGAGCUAUGCUGAAGAAGAUCAUCCGCGAGGUCACUGAUGGCAAAAGCGACAGCGCUGGAGAAGAUUUACAGAUGAAUAGCGGUCAAGACAUCCGCCGGCAAUAUCUAGAUUACGAUCUCGAGGCACUACAUGCGUAUAUCAAGACUGAUCCUUGUGAACAUAUCUUCAUCGCGUUUGAGGACAGCGAAGGGUUCGAGAGCGGUCUUCUCUGUGACCUUAUCCCGCUAUUCAACGCAUGGCGUUCGCGCGUGCCCUUCACCCUGCUCUUUGGCGUCGCGACCUCAACCGAGUUGUUGCAGGCCCGUCUGCUCAAGUCGGUCUGUCAGCAGAUUUAUGGGGCGCAAUUCGACGCCGUGCAGUCGGGUAGCAUCCUGGAGAAUGUCUUCAAGAUUGCCGUGGCAGCAGCAGAUGUGCCAGUUCGAAUAGGCGGGCCACUUCUUCGCAGCAUGUUGGAGCGACAGCAGGAUCAGGUGGCGGGCAUCCAAUCCUUCGUGAGCUCCUUAAAGUAUGCAUACAUGUGUCAUUUCUACGCGAAUGCACUAAGCCCGAUACUCGCCGCCCCAGAUCACGGCGCUCCUGCGCUUCAGGCCGAGCAUGUCGAAGCCCUCCAGAAUAGCUCUUCCUUCCAAAUUGCACUGGAGAAGGUCAUUGCCGAGAGCGACGUGAGCAAUGUGAACGAUCUGAGCGCAUUCUUCAUGCAGCAGGCUGCAAACUUGGCUACGGACUGUGGCUCCCGGGCGGCGGCCCAGAGACAGACAUGGGUCAGCUGCGCGCUUCGGGGCCUAGAAGUUCUUCGAGCCGUGAGCACCACAAGCACCGACUUUUCCCAAUCGUACGUCGAAAUGAUGACAACUGGGAUAUCACCGGCGGACGAUACCAUGGCACAGUUUACAGACCGCGUAAGACGAAUGGACGCCGGAGCAUUGCUCUUGUUCAUCGGCAGGGUCAUUGAGAUAUACACGCACGGGGACGAAGAGCUCAAACUUGGGCCUUCGAGCGAGGCAGAGCACGCCGCGCUACUGACAAAGCUGACAGAAUUAACAACAGAACUGACACUUCUUCAAAAGGAGGCCGAAACAAAAGGCAUAUCGCUUCACAGCAAGUACAGUGGCCACAACACCACUGUCCGGACGACAGUCAUCAGACAGCGAGUUCAUCUGAGCAAGGACACGACGGCGCUGAGCGAGGAAGACAAACAAAUGACGCGCAUCGUCGACGACACGAUUGCCGCCAUCACGGCCAGCCUCGACGUGGUGCCACCGAAUGAGGUGUUCCUCGCUGAGAGCUGGCUCUACGAUUCGAAAGCGCCAUCGCGAGACGUCUUUGUGCCACGUCCCCGCGUCGUCUUUGAGCGCAGCCUCGCUCGACCUAGCGACUACCUGGCUUGUGAGUGCUGUACAGAGGGCCACGACGGUGUACAGCCGACUCUGCCGACAACGUCCAUCCUGUACCAAAUGUAUCUAGAGACGGGGAGUCUCAUCAACGUAGCUGAUCUGUGGACUGCUUUCCACGCCGCAGUGAGCAAAGAGGAGGAGGACGAGCGCAAGGUGCUCGUGCUGUUCUACCGGGCUCUGGCUGAGCUGAGAGCCCUCGGCUUUGUCAAAGGCAGCAAGAGGAAGGCGGACCAUGUGGCCAAACUGAAGUGGCUGUGAUUGCGAGACGAGGCCAUGUGCGUUCCCGUCGGCUGCCCAGCAGCGCCCCGUUGCAAUCGGGCAUCGAAGACGGCGAACAG